AUGAAAUUGUUCCCAAAUUACAAUUUUGUUAUACGUUUUUUCCUACGUAACAAAAAUCUAGUUAAUUUUUCCUUUACGAGAAAUAAUUAUAAAAAUUUUAACAUUCAUAAAAAUAUAGUCCGUACCUAUGCAAAUGGACACCAAGGACCCUUAUCUACUGCACCUACUGCACCUACUGUACCACAAGUUCAAUUUGAUCCGCUGUCGAUGAAUCUUGCAGAACAACAAACAACAUACCUUCGUCGCAUGCAGAGUUAUCUUGAAUCAAACGAUCUUUCAUCCGUUGUACGAGAGUUUAUAAACUUAAAGAAUCAAAAUAUUGUACCAACUUUAGAAAUCUACCACGUUCUUUUAAAAUCAUGCGCAAAAACCUCUGAUUUACAAAGUGCCAUUCAGAUUAUCAACCAAAUGUAUUCCGACUCACAUCAGUCUUUUAUACCAACUAAAGAGACUUAUAAAUAUUUUUUGAAUGUAGUCGAAGCAUCUUCUGAUCAUUUAUUAACUAUAAAUGUUUUAAGAUCAAUUGCAAAUGGUCAAGUUCCUUUGGCUGCGUUAGAUUCUAAAACUCAAAGUUUAGCUGAUUUGCGACCAAUGAAUGUGGAUAUAGAUUUGGAAUUAUGGAAAUUAAUAUUAAGAUCCGUGACUACUGCACAUAAAAUUUAUACAACGCAAAAGAUGGAUUAUUUUGAGGAUGUGAAAGGAUUAUGUGAGACGUUCAUCGAAUCGUUUAGAGGUCCAUAUGAUGAAGAAACUUGGAGAUUAAUCAUACGAGCUUUAGGCUCAUUCCCUAAAGAAAAUGAUACAUUUCAAACAAUGUUACAAAGAAUUCAAGAUGAACAAUUAUUGACUUCGACAUUGUAUUCUGAGAUAAUAUGGGCUUUAUCACGAAAAUCUAACAUACAAUUAGCAAAAACAUAUUUAGAUCGAAUGAUUUCAAAAUUCAAUUAUACACCAUCACGUGAAGCUUUCUACGCAAUGCUUUCUUACUAUGCAGAUUUAGGUAGAUUUAAAACUGUUUCAAAUUUAGUAAAUAUAUAUGCACCUUUAAUUAAAGAUCCUCAACCACAAACAACGUCGCGACAAAAUUUGAGAGAUUUAUGGGAAUUUGACUUUUCAACAGUCUUGAUGCAAGCUUAUGUUCAAGCACUCUCUAAAUAUAUUUUGAACCAAAAAAAGUCAGAGGAUCAAACUGAUAGUCUUUUGGAUGAUAUAAUGAUCCCGAGAAUACAAAAGACAAUAGAACAAUUAGAUUUUUCAAAUGAUAAUUUUACGAAUAGUUCGUUUUAUUCUUCAUGGAAAGAAUUAGUUAACAGCCUUUCUAAACAAUCCUCAACACUAGACUCUAACUUUCCAAAAUUUCAUCGAGACCAUUACGACUUAAUAGUUAGAUUCAAUAUUUUUGCGAAUCAAGUUAGUCCUAAGGAAUUUCCAUUAGAUAAAAGUUUAGAAAUGUUAAAAAAUAUGAGAGGUGAAGGAAUGGAACCAACUUUUGAAACGUACCGAAUUGUUUUAGAAGGGUAUGCACAAUCGCCAGAAUUUCAGGCUGCUGAUAAAAAGUCAGUUAGCUUAAGAGUCGAGAAAGCUUUGGAAAUCUUUGAUCUGAUUAAAUUGGCAGGAUAUGACGUUGAUAAUAUUAAAGUUUUUCAACCAUUACUAGAAUCCUGUUUACUUCAACCUAGUGAUAAGGAAAAUAUUGUCAAGAAAACUGGACAACAAGAAGAGAAAAAAGAAUCGUAUAAUGAAAACAUUUCGUUACUUCGCAGUUCUCUAACACCAAAGAUCUUUGAAAUAGAAAAAUUAAUGAAAAAUUAUAAAGUAAAACAUACUCAAGCUUCCACAAUUACAUUAUUUCAACAAUUAGCUUCAGUAGGUGACUACAAGAACAUGUGGAAACGAUGGACCAAACUUUCAUUAAUGGGAUAUCGAAGAAACGAAGAAUUAUAUGAAACAAUAUUAAGAUUGGCAUCAAAGGACAAAAUUGAGUCCGAAUAUGCUAUAAACGUUGUUAGACAUCAGAUGAAAAGGGAAAAUCCGGAGGUUAAGCCUACAUUUGGAAUUUGGAAAGAAUUAAUGGAAUGUUGUGUAAAAUGUGAAGAUGGAUUGACAAUUAAAUACUUAAUUAACGAGAUCAAUCAAUUUAUUCAAGAGGGAAAUAAGUUUCGUGGAAAGACAGACAUUAAUAUUGCGAAUAAUGUUGGAAUGCUUAGAGAUGAUGCAAAUAUAAGACCCAAUGAAGAAGAUGUAAACUUUAAGCUACAUAUGUUAAUUUUAGAAACAUGUUUCCGAUUACCAAAAUUGCAUAAAGAGGGUGAAAAUUUGAUGAGUCAACUUUUAGAGACAAAGAAAAAAUUAAUCAAUUUUGAUUUUUGGAAGGUGGUCUUAAAUUAUUUGGUGAAGAGCUCUUUAACAGAUAGCUCGGAUAAUUUCAACAUUCACCAAACUUGGGAAAUGUUUGUAGAUUGGAGGAACGAACAUUUCGGAUUUGAUAAAGACUUGUCACGUGCAUUUUCGGUAUCUAAUUCACCUACCCCUCUCAUGACAACUACAAAAUCAUCAAUCAAGCAUUCUCCGUCACCCAGUUCUUUAAAUAAAUCUUCAUCUUCAUCAGAAACAAGUAUUACUAUAAAAUUACCACAUCCUCCAUAUCGCAUAAAAGAUAUUGAAAUUGGUUAUAUUUAUAUCAAAUAUUUAAUUCGUAAGAAAGAAUUUACGCUAUUUAAAGAAGUUUUAAACAAUUUGGUUUUAAAUUUUCAUUCACUCUCGUCACCAAUCACCUUUGAUCAUAAAUCCACAAAUCCUACGAUAGACUUUUCGCUCCUUGAUAUCAAUAUAUUAGAAGAAUUCGCUUAUAUAUCUUGGAAACAAAAUAAUUUCGAUAAUUUAAGGUGGUUGCAAAAAAAUAUUAUAGACAGAGUCAAUAUAGAUUCUUAUUUGAAUCCUUCUAAAAGUUCAGUCUUAAAUCAUAAUGUAGAAUCUGCUAAAUUAGAAAGUUUUAAAACACUUUCAAAAUGGUUAAAAAAUUGUAUGAAAAUGUCAACCGCUAAAGAUAAUUCACCUUCUUCAUCUACUGAG